CCGCAGUCGAUGAGUCUAUAGCUUGCGUGGGGCGCGGAGGGGUCGCCUGCGGACAGCAGGGGGCUGUCAGGCAUGUCAUCCAUGAUGCGUGCCCUGAGCAUGGUGAAGAGUGGUCAGCCUGUGGACAAAGCUGCCGCGGUCUGCAAAGUCUCGGCCAAGGAGCUGCUGGCGUCGCAGGCGGAGUGGCUGCGCGCCACGCGCCGCCUGCUGACGCCGCCCGAGGAGUGCGUGUUUGCCAGCGGCCUCGUUCAGCUGAUCGAGCUAGGCUGGGAGCUGAACCGCGACUCUGUGCGCGUGCUCAUGCGCUGGUUCUUGCCGCACAUCGGCAAGAAGAGGGCCGAGCGGGUGGUGCUGGAGCGCGAGUCGUGGCAGCAGUGGGUGGGCUGGUUCGAGCGGCAGUGGGCCCGUCUGCAGGGCCGCAUCAGCCGCCUGCCCGGCCAGCCCACCGACGAGUUCCUCGCCGUCGCCAGGGGCGUGCUUCAGCAGCGCGUCAACAGGUGGAGGCGGCUGCCGGCGCCCGCCCGACCCGCCGCCGGCGACGCCAGCGCCGCGCCUCCGUCGGCCGCCGCCGCCGCCGACGACGACCAGGAGGUGCUGUACGAGGUGGACCGCAUCAUGGCGCGGCGCCGCGUCGCAGGCGGCGACGAGUUCCUCAUCAAGUGGUGCGGCUUCGGACACGGCGACAACACGUGGGAGCCGCGUGCGAACCUGGACUGCGGGCCGAUGCUGGCGCGGUUCGAGCGGCGCUGGGCGGCGCUGACCGAGCCGCAGCGGCGUCAGCUGGCGGCCGGGGAGGAGGCGGGACACUGCUGA